GUGCAAUAUGAGCUGUUAUAUUUUAUUUUUUCUCGUCACAGUAGACUUACUUAACAAAUGGAAAGUGUUAUACGGCUACUAACCCCCCAUCCCGAACGCAUUAGACAAAGCUAUUCCUAUUUAAGCAAAGCGCCUCCUUCCUAAUCGGGAUAUCACAUCAAUAGGAAAAGAAACUCGUGCAUAACCACCCACCCUUCCACAGCGUGGACAAUACCUACACCUCGUUUAAUCGUCUUACCUCCAGCUAACUUCAACUUUCAGCUCGCUUGAGCAAAAUUUAAAUCUGUCUCUAUGUGACGGCCGUCACUUAUAAACGGCGGGGAUCAGAAAGGAUGACGAGCAUCAUAGCUUGGAUAUCGCAUCGAUUACAUGCUCGUUACACGAUGCUUCCCCAAACAGAGAACGUGGUCGUCAACGAAGUGCGAUCCUCCCCGGACAUCCACGCAGACGCUCAUCCCCACGACAUCUCAGCGCGCAAAAAGUGGCGUCACCGCGACCACUACGCAGGAGCCCUACUCUUCAACAUCGGCGCAUUCCUGCUCCCGGCCCUCUACAGCACCCUCUCCAAGCUCUGGGUCGCUGACAUCGACGCCUCGCUCAUCGUCACUACAGACGUGUACACCUACAUCGGCGUCGUAGUCGAAGUCCUAAACGAGGGCCUCCCCCGCGCUUCCUGGUCCAUCAUCGCUGAUAAGGCGUCCCGGUCCCCAGAGCAGCGUCUCGGCCUCGCUUACACCCUCAUCCUCUUCCAAUUCGCCCUCGGACUUAUCAUGAGCUUCGCUUUCCUCGCCGGCGCAGGUACCUUCGCGACCGGCUUCGUCCCUACCGAGGUGCGCGCCGCGAGUGUUAGGUAUAUCCGUAUCUCCGCGUUCUCGGCUCUUGCGUCUGCUGUUGAGACCGCGGUCGCGGCUGCGACGAGGGCGUUGGAUAUGCCGGAUAUUCCGCUGGUUAUUAGCUCGACGAAGUUCGCGGUGAAUAUCCUGCUCGAUAUGUUGGUUAUUUCCCGUUUCCAUGUUGGGAGAUUCAAGCCGACUGUCAAUAUGCAGGCUGCUAUUCAACUCGCCUGCGGGUUGGCCGCGGCGUUUGUGGGGCUGGGGUAUUUCCUUUGGAAGACGGGGGUGCGGCGGCAAGGCCACUGUGCGCGGACACGUUCUGAUACUGGUGAUUGUGGGGAUGGAAAUGUGUCAUUGGGUGGUGAUGGCGCGGGGGUUCGCUUGAGUUGGAGUGCUUUGCAUGUGUUGAUGCGCCCUGGGAUCCUGACUUUUGCUGAAUCCGCUAUCCGCAAUGCGUUUUAUCUCUGGUUGGUUAGUACGAUAGUCGCGCUGGGAGCAACGUACGCGACUGCAUGGUCGAUAUUCACGACGAUCCGCUGGGGUCUUGUUAUGGUUCCCGUGCAGGCUUUGGAAGCGACGAGUCUGGCGUUCGUCGGCCAUGGGUGGGGUGCCUGGCGUCGUCAUAUCGGCAAGACGACACGGAGGCCCGGGCGUGUGCCUCUUCGGACGAUAACACAUAUUGCGAGACCGGCUCUUGUAUCUCUUGCCAUUGCGCUAACGGUCGAGGUUCCUCUCGCUAUAUUCUUGUCGAGGUGGGGUGCUAGGUCUUUUGCCUAUUACCUAAGUCAGACGGACGAAGUCGCUGAUAUCACGGCUUAUAUGUGGCGCACCAUCGAUUGGUGCUAUAUCUUCUACGCUGCGUCGACGCAACUCGCUACGGUCCUUCUGGCUACGCAGCCGAAAUGGUACCUUUACCAGAGCUUGACUUAUCACGCACUGGUUUUCGGUGGAAGCUUGGUGUUUAGCUUCGUUGAUGUUGUAAUUGUUAAUGCGAUUUGGGUGUGGACGCUGGUUACUGGUAAGGCGAGGCUUGAGACGUUUCGAGAAAAUUAAGGCCUUGAUGUGGGAUUUUAUAUCCGAAGUCAAGAUUUUUUUCAAAUGUGUGUUUACGAAGUAAGUGAUCACUAGGUUGGGAAUAACUCCUACUACCUACCUAUGUAACAAGGAUUGAAGUAACCAGGAGCGUCGUACCAAGCACCAUCAUCGUAACUUCAUUCUGUUUCACGUUGCUGGUAGAGACAGGUUUGGCUACAGCGGGGGUAGCCUUAGCAAGAAGCUUAUCCACACCCUCAGUAAUCGUAACAGGGUACUCGGCGUAGUUUUCCCCUGUGAUGACGUGACUUUAGGUAAGUAGCAGAACUAGCU